CAGUCUACCACUUCUUUCCCUACCGUUCUUUGCGGAACCUCGCCUCUCGGUGGCUCGCCAUGGCUUCUGCGGAGCAGCCUUUCAAGAAGCGAAAUCUGUACGAACCGCCUUCUCCUCGGCCACCACAAAACGUAGAGAAUCCUGAAAGUUCCGUUGCUCCACCGCCAACGCCUCCACCUUUGUCCCAAGAGGAAAUUCUCACGAGACGGAGAAACAGGGACGAGGUUAAGAGCGUAUACGAGUUUUACAGGCGCCUCAAGUUUUGCAUUUCGCAGAAGGAUCCACGUCAAAAUCCGGAGCUUGAACAAGCUUAUCUCUCUCUCAUUGCAGCUUCGCGAGGUUGUAGUAGUGUUCAGCGUAUUGUGGCUGAUCUUAUUCCUCGAUAUGCAUCAUACUGUCCAACAGCUCUGGAAGCAGCGGUAAAAGUUAUUAUCAAUAUGCAUAAUUGGAGCUUGGCAGUGAUAAAUAGAGGAGAGGAUUAUGAUGGUGUUGCAUUUCAAACUGCAAAAGCCUGUAUUUUUGGUCUAGCUGAUAUCUGUUCCACUGCUUCUACUGAGGCUCCGACAUCGUCAGUUAUACAAGGCAUUUACUCUGCAGUUUUUCUGAAUGUCCUCACUUUCUUCAUAUCCGCUUUUGAGGGGAGGGGUAUCUUUGAAGUUGUUGAUAAUGAAUUUUUCAAGAUGCAAGAUUCUGCUGAUGUUUUUUCGGACCUGAAGCAAAAACUUUCAGAUGCAGACGAAUCUCUAUUGGUCAAAUUGUCCAAGUUUCGUGCAUUAAGUCUCCUUUGGAUUUUCUUUUGUUAUCCAAAAAAUUUGCUGGCAACCUGUUUGGAGCUCUUAAAUUGCUCUUCAAUGGAGGGUGUACAUAAAGGACAGUAUUUUCUCAUUCAGAUUACCUGCAGGUUUCACUUUUUGAAUAAGACAAAUGAUGAAAUUACUUCAUGUAGAGGGUCUAUUCAAAGAAGCACGAAAGGCGAAGAGAUUAGCACUGAUGAGCCAGUAUCAGAUGGCAACCUUGUUGCAGGAGAUGCUUCUUGUACUCCCAAGAGCAGUUUGUUGGGACUGGUUUUUGGUAGAAGUCCGUCAUUAAUAAGUUGGAUGUUCUCAAAAUAUAAGAAAUCAUGUGACUUAUCAUCUUUUAAAGCCACAGCAGAAAUUAGAUCUGCCCUGGACGAAAUAUUUGAAUUUUUUAGGGAAGCCAAUGAUUUACAAUACGGCUAUGUAGAGGGUGAAGUGAAUGAUGAUUCUGAUUCAACAAAAUUUGGUAAUCAGCAAUAUUUGGUGACCAAGAUUGCUAAUCCACAUGAAACUACACGUGAACUAUCAGGUAAUCAUAAGAAUUUAAAAGAUCCAGGUUCUGGUCUGGAUAGUGGAGGCUUAAAGACCAUGGACUUUAAUGGUGGUUAUGAUAGAGAUGUGCCGCACAGCCGAUCUUCCAUGCCCAGAGACCUUACAAACCGGCAAAUGCUUUCGCCGGUCCCAAGGACCCCAAAAGAUUGCAGGAAUAAUGAUAGAGACUCUACUGGUGGAGGUGUAAGUAAUGCUUUUCAAUCUCCUAACCCCCAUUUGGGGACACCGUAUACUUCAACAACUCAAAUAGUUUGGUACUCUGAUGGGGACGCUGCUGCUAUGGAUGUAUUCUCUGCUUCUAAACAGCUGUGGCUGGGUUCCUUAGGUCCUGGGGCAUCCGAAGCUCAUGUGAAGUUUCAGCUUGAGAGGUUUGGACCUAUUGAACAAUUUUUCUUUUUUCCAGUCAAGGGGUUUGCUUUGGUGGAGUACAGAAAUAUUAUUGAUUCUAUAAGGGCUCGGGAAUACAUGCGUGGCCAUUUUCCUUGUCUGAUCAAGUUCAUGGACAGAGGGUUGGGAGCUAGGGGUGCUGUGAAUGGUGUUGCAGUUGGUUCUUGUUCUCAUGUUUAUGUUGGAAGUAUUUUGAGCCAAUGGGCAAAAGAUGAACUUUUGCAUGAAACUAGGAAAGUGAUUCACAGGGGCCCUUGCAUGGUCACUGAUCUAAGCAGUGAAGGUGCAUUACUUAUGGAAUUUGAAACUCCUGAAGAAGCUGCCGCUGUUAUGGCACAUCUGCGACAGCACCGUAAAGAGAGAAGCAGUCAUCUGCCACCAGUGAAUUCUGGAAUUUCUCAUAUGGAUGCUGUGAGAUCUGUUCCAGUUUCUAUGCAUGUUGAUGGAACCAAUAACCAUGGAAGCUUGUCACCUCCUAGUCAGCCUGUUCCUGAAAGCCCUGCUGAUAGCUAUAGGAUGAGGAUGUCCCAAUUGUCUUCAUUACUUUCAUCUCUACAAGCAAAAUAUAACAUCAAUAAAAACGCAGGUUACUUUGACAAUUAUAUAUCUGGAAAUGGUCAUGCUGCUACCGCAAGAGAAGAAGAUAGAGUGCCAUAUAGCACACUUUGGAUUACUAUUCCAAGUAUCACCUCUCCUGUCCUCACGGAUGAUGAGAUUAUGGCCGUUUGCAACUUAGCUGUUUCCAACGUUGGUUCUGUAGUCAUGUUGACGAGAGCAAAUGUGCAGAUGGGGUGUGGUUGGUUUGUUGAGUGCAGCAGUAUAGAUGCUGCUAUAACUGUUUUAAAAAACCUACGUGGUUGCCCGGGAACAUUCUUGCAGAUAGAAUUUAGUCGACCAGGAAAGAGCCAUGCUGCGCCAUUCUCUGUAAAACCUGAGAGCAGCUCUGUGGAACUUGUGUCCCCAAGAAUGAAAUCAGAUAAUUAUGGGACUAUGGCACAAGGUGGGAGUUUGAUUCAGUCAAGCUGGGCUGUUUCUAAUUGCACAGAAAUGCCUCAAGUUGGAGCGAAAAUAGUUGGUGGUUAUGAUAAUAUGAUAGUAGAUUCUUCACAAGGAGGUGGUCUUCUUGUUUCUACUGCCUAUAAUCAGCCAUGGAUGUAUAAGAAAAAUGAAUUUGAGCCACAUCCUGUACCUAGUAGCCGUCCGUGCAUCCCCACAGGAGUACAGGGACCUCUCCCACCACCCCAGCAUGUCCAGGCAUCUCAGUUUUUGCGACCCAUAUACCCUCCUCCAAACAGUUCAUGGGAUCCACGAGGUUUUAAUCAGCAUUUUCCAGUGAACCCCAUUGCAUCAAGUAUGGCACCUAGUAGUUUUCAUGGUACUGCUGUUGCUGCACCUUUUAUACCUGCUUCUGUCACUCCCCUUGCCCAGAUGCAGGGAGCUCCAAUGCAGCAUUUUGACCAAAUGUAUUCCUUACCAGUUGUACCACCACCAAUAUCAUCGAUACCACCCCCUCCGCCUGAAAUACCCCCUCCAGUGGCGCCAUCUCCACCGCCUUUGCCACAGUCACUGCCACCUUCGGUUGCUCCCCCACCUAGUUCUCCCCCUCCCCCUCCCCCGCCUCUGCCCCCACUGCCUGUUGAAGAAUCCAUUGAUGUGAGCAUCUCUGAGCAGUGCAUGCAAUAUCAAUGGCUGGGCACGUUAUCGAAAAGUGGGACUCAUUAUUGCACAAUAUAUGCGCAGAGAGUGGAUUCAAAUAUUUGCAGAUAUUCAAAUCACAUUUCUGAGCCUUUGGAAUGGCCUACAAAACUGGAUAUGACGAAACGCACGGAUUAUCAGCAUGUGAAAUCAACAUUUUCUAGUACCCCGACACACAGAAGGGAAGUGUGUUGGCUGAUACCGUCUUCCGCAGCCGACCUCAAAGGAUUCCAGGAUUUUAUAUCAUACUUGAAGCAGAGAGAAUGUGCUGGAGUGAUUAAAAUUCCAGCCAUGAAAUCCAUUUGGGCAAGGCUUCUGUUCAUACUUCCGUACUCAGAUGACAUGUGUUCUAUGCUUUCUGUUGCACGCAAUCAAUCUAACUGCCUCAUUGCGUUGAUUUUACCUAAAGAAACAAACUUUGAGUGAAAAUUUCUGUGUUCUGGACGAAGCUUAGAGCAGAGUCCCUGGCUGUAACUGCAGAGUGUUGUUUUCAUACCCAUAUGCAUUUUUUUUCCUGGAAAAAGUACAUUCUAGCUUGUGUGCAGAAUGUUGAUGAUCCCCAAAAACUAUGUCAAUGCUUCUUCUGCAAAUUGACUUCAGGAUUGCUGCAAGUGGAUAUUUGCUCGUGUGAGUUGGAAAUCCAGAAGAUACUCAAUUUGUUAAAAUGUUAACGGCAUUGGUUCGUAAGCUUUCACAUUGUACAGUAACUUCCAUAUCCAAUAAAUCUCUUAAUCUACUUUGUAUUCUUGUAAAUCUAGUUUCAGUUUGUAAGAUUUUGUGAAAUGGUUGGUUAUUUGAGGAGUCUGGUUUAUUUGUUGAUUUUCGUCCAUGUUUAUGAAACCUUUUUGGUUAAA